GCGCAGGCAAGGUAUUCCUGAGCAGGGCCCGGGGAGAGCCUGACUGGCUCCCUGAAGCCACUGGGGCGGCUUCGCCGGGACGCACUUCCGCGGCCGCGGAGGGAGACGACGCGAGAGGCUGCUCCGAGUGGGCGAGCGGGAUGCUCGGGCCGUGAGGAGUCGGCCCAGAUUUUCUCUUCUUUGUGUGCAGCUGUUUCAUCUAAGAUUGAUAAGCUGAUUUUGGAGGAUCAGGUACACUAAAGGGAAUCAGUGGUACAAGACACUGUUUGGAGAGAUACUAAUUACUUGAAAAUUGUAAGUAUUUGUUCCCAUCUCUAAAAGCAAGAAUGCAGCUGUGAUUGAGUUAAGAGUUUGAGAGGAUUAGCUGAAGGAGUCUUUAAGCUUUAAAAGAAAAGGAAUAACCUUGUAAUUGCUCAGUCUUUAACCCAGAGCAAUAACUUUUUAAUAAAUGGUUUACUGGCUUAUGUUGCUUAAUAUAUAACAAUGAUCACUUAAUACAUAGUAAUUAUACAAUUGAUUGACCAUCAGUAUUUUGAGUUUGCAUGGAACAGCAUGUUUUUCUUAGCACACUAGACCAGUGAUCUACACUACAAAUCUUGUGGAAUGAGUGACUUCUUAGUCAUGGCCAUUUCUUCGUCUAGCCCACAUUUGUGAACUACUUUGUAUGGUCUUGGUACAGGGCCCACUACUCAUUCAUAUAACGCUAGAAUGAUUUGUAUGCCAGGCACUAUGCUUAAACUCAUCAUUCAUAGGGGAAACAGGUCAGAAGACAACUGGAACUGAAUUCUGGAGCUUGGCUUCGUUAAGCAUUCCUAAUGCAAGCAUUCUCAAACCUGCACCAAAGGACCAAAGUGUUUAUUCUUUGUCAUUUUAUUCUGAAAAUUUUCUGGAACACUUACAACAACUUUUUAUAUUGAUAGAAGGCAGCAUAACAAGUAGUAGCUAAUAAGUAUGGGAAAAUUUAGAACUACCCUUACUUAGAACAUCUAAUUCAAGGUCAUUUAUGGCCAAGCUCUAAUUUCAUAUUAUACACCUAAUGGUGUAUUAUUAUUUGAAUACACAGGCAUAGAUUUUUUGCUAGUAAAACUGUUCUUAAUUUAUAUGGCUGUAUAACAUAUGCACAUAGCAUUCUUUUCUGAAGAACAUUGUACUUGCUUGCUGAAACGUGUCCUAACCUAGUUUCUUAGCAUUUUGUCAUGGUUAUCUUUCUGAUCCUGACUUCCUGGGAAUGUUUCUGUGUUAUCUCGGUAGAGAAUAUUUGUUUCUGGAAAAGAUGAUGGAUUCUGUGAACAUCAUGAUACUGUAGCAGAAAUAAAAGUUAUUCUCAACUUUGCCCCUUCACCCUGCUUUGAACAACAAAAGUAAAUGUAGCUCUGAAAGUUGUCUGCUCUGUUGCACAUGGUGGGAAAUAUGGUUGAGUAAUGCUUUGAGGUGCGUUGCAAACUCUCAAAAAAAAAUUAAUUCUGAGUCAGGUACUGGUUUAUAUAGUUAACCAUACAUGAGAAAAGAAUACAGUCUUCUAACUUGAGAAGAAAGGCCUUGCUGUUGUUUCGAUUACAAUAGCAUUAGCAGAGAUAGGUCUUCUACUUCAGAGUCCGCAUUUAUCUUCCACAAACAUGAAUAGCUUUAUAACCACCAAGUGCUAGAGAUUUCCCUGAAAAGCACUUGGAUCAAAUUGAAUCAUCCAGAAGGUAGGUUAGCAGAAACGCUAGGGCUUUUGUUCUCUUCUUCCCUUUGUCUGAUUUCCCCAGACAUGAGUCCAUUUCACUUCUAAGGAUUUCCUGGUGUGCCAAAAUUAUAGCAGUGAGUCUGACCUUCCUGCUCCAGCCUACCUGCCAUGGGCUGCCGGGAUGUCCACGCAGCCACCGUCCUCUCUUUCUUGUGUGGCAUUGCCUCUGUGGCUGGCCUCUUCGCGGGGACUCUGCUUCCCAACUGGAGGAAGCUGCGGCUGAUCACGUUCAACAAGAACGAGAAGAACCUGACUAUUUACACAGGCCUGUGGGUGAAGUGUGCCCGGUACGAUGGGAGCAGUGACUGCCUGAUGUACGACCGUACUUGGUACUUAUCAGUUGACCAGCUGGAUUUGCGUGUCCUCCAGUUCGCCCUGCCGCUCAGCAUCCUGAUCGCGAUGGGUGCCUUGCUCCUCUGCCUGAUUGGAAUGUGUAACACAGCCUUCAAGUCGUCGGUGCCUAACAUCAAACUGGCCAAGUGUCUGGUCAAUAGUGCAGGCUGCCAUCUGGUGGCUGGACUCCUCUUUUUCCUGGCAGGCACUGUGAGCCUCUCUCCAUCCAUCUGGGCCAUCUUUUAUAACACUCAUCUCAACAGGAAGUUUGAGCCGGUCUUUGCCUUUGACUACGCAGUGUUCGUCACUGUUGCUAGCUCAGGGGGCCUGUUUAUGACUGCUCUUCUUCUGUUCAUUUGGUACUGUGCAUGCAAGUCGCUGUCUUCUCCUUUCUGGCAGCCACUGUACUCUCAUCCUCCCAGUAUGCACACUUACUCACAGCCCUAUUCAUCACGUUCCCGCCCUCUCCGCCAUUGAAAUCGACAUUCCAGUAGUUUCACAUAGCACUUAACAGAGAUAUGAUUAAUUGUUGAAAGUACGUGUCGUAGCCUCACAGUCCCCUGCGUGAAGAGCCUUUUUGGACCUGUAUACAUUUUUCCAUUGUUCUAGUCAGUGGAGCCAAAUUUGUCUAUCUUAGUGGAAUGAAAUGCUGCUAGAUUUCAUGAGGUAUAUAUUACAUUCUUAUAAUGUGAAACAUUCCUUUUAUCUUCCUCUGAUACUAGAAGGGUCUUUAGCCUCCUUGUUGAUGUCUGAUCAAGUUCAUGAAAGGACCUGUGAUAGCAGGUGAGGCCAUGAAAGCAGCAUGGUAAGGAACAGUGCUGUUGUGCUUAAUCCUUACCGAUUUUUCAGAUCCUUUAUUGUCUCUGAUGACUUAAACUGAAAAGAGCAGUUUCAAUGCAAGGAAUUUCAGUCAGAUAAAAAUUGCAGUUUGUUUCCAGAGCUCUGCCAGCUUGCGGGUAUAAUUUUGUUCUCUCGGGACUAAUUGAGUAGGCGUCAGUACACUGAAGAUUACUACUAUCUUCUACCUCAUUUCAGUGAAAAGUAAAAUGCAUUUUAAAUGUCAGGGUAAGGCCAAUAUUUAAAUAUGGAACAUUUAGCUGCCUUUUUGGUUUUCAGACGGGCUCUUGCUAUGUAUCCCUAGCUGGCCUAGAAUUCACUCUGUAGACCAGGCUGCCCUCAAACUUCUCACCAUUCUCCUGUCUGCAUCCUGAGCCCUGAUUACAGGCAUGCCCAAGUACAUCUAGCUCACCAUAAUUGUCAGUUACUGAUUAUAUUGUUGGAGUUAAAAUGUGCCAAGUGACAGAUUGUGGCUUCAUCUGAAGCAAGAAACCCUUUCCAAAUACCCAUCAAUCAGGUAGUACUCAUGCCCUGUACAAGCGAGUGGCUAAGACAAAUGAGUAAAAGGUUGUCGAAGCCAAACGCUUGCCUUUUAGACCUAAGUGGUAGGGUACAGGAGCCUGUUCUCAGUGACAGCAUAAAAGAUUCAGUUGGUGGCUACUAUUUCAGUAAUGCAUGAUGUAAAUGGUCGUAGCUUGACUGUUCAGUUUCAGCUUCAUCACUGGCUACUUGUGCAUUAGCGUUUAGCUCUGCCUAACACUUGAGUAAGUACUUUAGAGGAUACACAAAAAGGAAGAUGUAGCUACAGCUGUGUAGAAAUUUUGAUCUUAUACAGAUCAAACUUAUAACUGACAACCAGCAAAAAGCUUGUCUUUACUGGCAGCUGUUGAACUUCUCAAGCAUUGAUCCAGGAACAUAUUUCAGCUGAGCCAUGUCCCCUGGCACAGACAGCCUAUGGCACACCAGCACUACUAUCCUGGACGCUAGAAAUCUACUUAAGUUAGGUCUCCUCUCAUAGCUUCCAAGCUGUAAUAACAGUUUCAGAUAAUGAGAAUGGGCAAGAUAGUAGAGAGAUUAAAUUGUACCCUUUCUACCUCUGAAAUUAAGAUGAUACAUUAAAGAGAGACAAGUUUUAAAAAUGUCUCCUGAUGUGAUAUCAAAUGGACGAAACCAUUUUAAUACUAAAGUAAUACUUGGACAUUGAGAGUUGUUGGGUCUUAACUCCUAGGGGUUUGAGCUGCUCAUUAAUUGGUAUAAUUUCUAUCCACUAGCAUUAUGUUUGUAAGGAUUGUGGUAUAUUAUAGUUAUAGAUUUUUACAAGCGGCUGAUUUUAUGAAAAACAGUUCAUGAUGCCUCUUUUGCAAAUCCGAGUAUUUCUGUAGAGAUAAGUCCAACACUACUUUAUGUAGGCAAGUAAAUCCGAUUGUAUAAUUUUUAAAUGCUGUCAGUACAAAGCAUGCACAUCUAUGGUUUUUAAAUUAUAGCUUCUAAUUGUUUUCACCUCUCGUUCCUCUCAUUCAUAGAUAGAGCUGAGUGUUGAUCAUUCCAGGACAGUGGCAGCUGGAAUUUUGAGAUUGAUAGUAGUUUUUCUCCUUUGUUAGUUAAUCUUAGUUUUUCUCUCACUAAACUUUUGUUCAAAAGGAUCAAGAAUUCCACCAUCCCUUGGUCUUAGUAUAAAUAGAGUUAAAAGUAGGGCCAGGCAUGGUGGCUUUUGAUGUUAAUCUCAGUACUCAGGAGGCAGGGACAGGUGCAUCUCUCUGGACAUCCUGGUCUCCAUAGCAAGUUCGAAGAUAGUCUGAGCUACACAGUGAGACCCUGUCUCAAAAAAAUUAAAAAGAGAAAAAGAAAGCAGGCAAGCAGACUCAGCAAUGAGAAUACUAAACAGUUUGCGGCUCACCGAGUUGUAACUACAAACGUUAAGCUUGCUUAUGAGAGUCUUUUGGCAUCUUCAUCUGGCCUCCAAUUGGUAUUUAUUAUGAAUCCACUCAGGAAGAGAAACAGCUGUUUCUAUAUUAUCCUUUUAGUGUUCCAGAUUCGGCAUAAAUAGCUAUUUUUUAAAGCCAUCAAAGGAAAGCAUGCAUUUACAAUCCUUCUGAGUCACCAGAGCACUCUUGGGGCUAUUAUUGAGAUGGGGUGGAUAACUUCUUUUGUUGUUUAAAAGCUGUUAAUUUUAAAGGCCUAAGGAGCCAGCUUGGCACACAACCUCAAAUGUGAGAUGGUACACUGGGUUUGUGUCAUCCAGCUUCAGAAAAGAAUAAAUUCACUCUGCUUGUAUAUAUGCCCUAUGAUGGAUAGUACGUGCUGUAAACCACAAGGUAAAAUCCUCAGUGGGUGUGGUGUACUGCCUCGUGUUUAUUAAAAGAUGUAUUUUUACAA